GAAAAUGAAUAAUUCUAUUGAUUUGUAUGAUGAUAUUCAUCACCAACAUCAAAAUUACCAUCAAAAUCACCAUCAUCAUGAUCAUUGUACAAAACAUCCAUCAUUGACAGGAAAAAUCAUCAAUCAUCAAUCAAUAUUAAUGAUAUUAUUGUUGAUAUUAUCAUCAUCAUCAUUUACAUUAUCCAAAUCGAUGGCAAUCGAUUCUUCAUCUAUCAUAAAUUUUUCUAGUCCAGCCAAUAAUUCAUCAACAACAUUAUUAUUAUUAUCAUCAUUUGAAACAACAACAAUAAAACCUAGUCAAAAUGACAAUGAUGAUUUAACGAUAUUAACAUUUGUUAAAUGGUCAUCCGAUAGUUUAUCAUCAUCAUCAUCAUUAUCAGUUGAUGAUUCUGGAGAAGAUAAUUCUUCAGAGCCGUCGACAAUAACCGAAUUGAUUCCAUCAUCAUCAUCAUCCGAACAUCGCCAUCAUCAACAACAAGCAUUAAUAAUAAGAAAAAAAUCCAUAGAAUCAUCGACAACAACAAAUCAUUUGGAAAUUUGUCAACAAAAAUGUUCAUGUCAUAAACAAUAUGAAUUAGAUUGCCGUUAUCGUAAUGAUCAACAAUCACAAAUUGAAACAAUACCAACAUUUGAUGAUUCGAAUGAUUUGUUACAAAUUAUUGAAAUAAUCGCUUCAAAUCAACCAUAUCUUCGGCGAUUAGAUCGAAAACAAUUAUCACCAUAUGUAAAUAUUGAAAAAUUAAUCAUCGAUAAUAGUGGCCUUGAAUUGAUCGAUGUCGAUACAUUUGUUAAUAAUAUUCAUCUAAAAGAAAUAUCAUUAAAAAACAAUAAAUUACGAACAAUUACAUGGAAACAUUUUGAUGGAUUAAAUCUAUUGGAUCUCAGUUUGGAAAAUAAUCCAUUCGAAUGUAAUUGUCCAUUAUCAAAAUGGAUUGAAAAUCUUGUACAAAAUAAAAAACAUAAUAUACUUGGACCAUAUUGGAUGAAUGUAACUUGUUUAUGGCCGAAUGAUGAUUCGGAACAAUCGCAACAGCCACAAAUUUUAGCUAAUCUUUCAUUCGAUCAAUGUAAAUUUCCAACAAUAAAAAUUGAACCAAAUCAACAGAUUGAAAUUAAUGAAAAUGAAACAGCAAUAUUAACUUGUUUGGCUAGUGGAUUGCCAAGACCAAUCAUUACCUGGAAUACGACAACAAUCGAUUCAAAUUAUACAUUGAUGGAUGUUGAAAUCGUCAAUGAUGAUCAUGAUGAUGAAACCACAAACAUUAUUGGAGAAUCAGAAUCGAAAUUAAUGACAGUCAAACAAACACUUCGUUUGGAUAAUGCCCAUAUCGAUGAUAAUGAUCAUUUCGAAUGUCAGGCGGAAAAUUCUGUGGGAAAAAUUUCCGAAAAAAUUUCCAUAAAUAUUCAUUCUGCACCUAAAAUUGUUUCAAUGAAAUUACAACGAAAAUUUUAUUUAAAUAUUGUAUUUCGUAUAAAAGGUAUACCAUAUGCAAAAACAGAAUGGUUUAAAAAUGGACAACCAUUAGAAUUACAAUCGAAUGAUGAUUUUCAUGAAUAUCAAAUUGAUCAUCGGUCAUUUAUUGAUGGUCAUCUGGAAAUACGAAAACAAUCACAAUCAAAUAUCGGUGAAUAUACAUUAGUAGCAACAAAUGAUUAUGGUCAAAUGAAACGUUCGAUUAAUGUUACAUUUAAUCAAGAUUUUCUCUCACCAGCAACUACAUUUCCGGCUGUAUCACAAUUUAAUAAUCGACAACAACAACAACAACAAAAUGAUAAAAAUAAUCCACCAAUAAUAUCACCGAUGAUACCAUCGAAAAUAUCAAAUAUCGAUAGUAUCGAUAAAUCGGAUUCGAAUGUCAAUGAAAAUAAUGACGAUGAUUAUAACGAAGAUGAUCAAAACAAUGAUGAUGACAAUAAGAAAUUUAAUCUUUCAACAAAUUUUCUAUUGAGCAGUUUAUUGAUAAUAUCAUUAUUUGUUAUAUUUAUUUUGGGUAUAUUAUAUCGUAAUCGAAUAAUUGGUUGGAAAUUGAAAUCAAUCGAUCAUCAUCGAUCAUGGGAAUCGGCAAUCGAUAUCAAUCAUAAUCAUCAUCAUCAUGAUCAUCAUCAUCAAAAAUUUAAUGAACAAUCAUCAUUAAAAUUAUUAACAACAACAUUACCAAAUUGGUUGAAUAGAAAAUUUCGAUUGAUACGUGCAAGACAUACAAAUAAUCGUCAUCGAACAUCAAUUCGUCGACGUUUACCGGAUAGCCGUGCAACAAUGUUGUAUUAUAAUAAUAAAAAAAAUCGUAAUAAUGGUCAACAUCAACAAUUCGAUACGAAUUCAACUAUAAUCCUUAAUUCAUCGUCAGCUGAUUCUACGAUUAACAAUAAUAAUAAUAAUUUAUUUACGAAAAAAACCUCAUAUCGUCCCGAAAAUGAUCCAAUUGCAAUUAUGAUUAGUAAUAAACAACAGGUGAAUCGAUCGUUGGUUGAAAAUUUUGUCCAAAAUCCAAAUUAUUUUUCUGAAACGCAACAACUUUUGAAAAAUUCCGCAAUUUGUCAUAUCAGUACGGAGAAAAUAAAUUUCAUACGAGAAUUAGGUGAAGGUGCAUUUGGCCGAGUGUUUUUAGGUACAGUUGAUUAUUUGACUGUUGAUGAACCAACAACAAUGGUUGCCAUAAAAAUGUUGAAAGAAACUGCACAGGCAAAUUAUUCCGAUUUACGUGAUGAAUUUUCACGUGAAGCUGAAUUCUUGGCGAAUUUGAUUCAUCCAAAUAUUGUUACAUUUUAUGGUAUUUCGAUGGAUGGUCCUACAUUAAUGAUGCUAUUUGAAUAUAUGGAAUAUGGUGAUCUGAAUAAUUUUCUUCGUGAACAUGAUCCAUUUCAUUCGAACCAUUCUGCCAUCACCAACAACAACGAUAAUAACAAUGAUGAAACAAAAACACGAUUAAUCGAUCCAUUAUCAGCUGUUAAUAGCCGUAAAAUAAGACCAUUAGAAUUGAUAGAUUUACUUUAUAUUGCAACACAAAUUGCAGCUGGUAUGGAAUAUUUAGCAUCACAACAUUUUGUACAUCGUGAUCUUGCCACACGAAAUUGUUUGGUUGGUGUUGGUUUUAUAACAAAAAUCGGUGAUUUUGGUAUGUCACGUGAUGUUUAUGCUACUGAUUAUUAUCGGGUUGGACGUGAUGUUCUUCUACCAAUACGUUGGAUGAGUCCCGAAUCAAUAAUGUAUCGAAAAUAUACUGUUGAAAGUGAUUGUUGGAGUUUCGGAAUUCUAUUAUGGGAAGUAUUAACAUAUGGUAAACAACCAUGGUAUGAAUUUACUAAUUUGGAAGUAAUACAAAAUGUAACACGGGGAAAAUUAUUAUCACCACCGGAUAAUUGCCCAUUGGAAUUAUAUAAAAUAAUGUUAGAAUGUUGGCGUUUUAAACCUAAUGAACGUAUUGCUAUUAGUUCGGUUUAUAAAAUAUUACAAAAAUUAUUACAAACAUAUAAAACAAUGGAUCCAUUGAAUAUACCGAUUGUUGAUAAUGAUAAUAAUCAUGGUAAUAAUAAUCAUCAACAACAACAACAACAUAAUCUUCAGCAACAACCAGAUUUACCGAUUAUUAUUAUACCACCAUCGGUACCAUUAAUGGCAAAUAAAAUGUAUUUUGAACGACAACCUAGUCAACAGGAAAAUGAUGAUGAUAAUGACGAUGACGAUGAUGAUGAUGAUGGUAAUGGUGGUAAAGAUGAAGAUAAUAAUAACGUCAAUGAUUAUGGUGAUAUUACCAUUGUUGCCGAUAAUUUGAAAACAAAUGAUGGUGAUAAUAAUACGCAUCAUCAUCCGAUCAUUUCCUACCUAAAAUUAAGCCACUAAAAAAACUUUGAAUUUUUUUUUAAACAGUAUUAUUCAUCAAACAUCCAACAUAAUGAUUUUUCUCUCCCGGUGCCUUUGUGUAUAUCUCUCAACAAGUA